GAGAGAAAGAGAGAGAUUAGAAGAAACAAAUAUGGUAGAUCAAAAUAGAGCAUUUGGUUGGGCGGCCAACGACGAAUCGGGCGUCCUCUCUCCAUUUCAUUUCUCUAGAAGAGAAAAUGGUGAGAACGAUGUAACAGUGAAGAUCUUGUUCUGUGGUGUUUGUCACUCUGAUCUUCAUACCAUCAAGAACCAUUGGGGAUUCUCUCGUUACCCCAUUAUUCCCGGGCAUGAAAUCGUUGGAAUAGCAACAAAAGUUGGGAAGAAUGUGACAAAGUUUAAAGAAGGAGACCGAGUAGGAGUAGGCGUAAUAAUCGGUUCAUGCCAAUCAUGUGAAUCAUGUAACCAAGACUUAGAAAACUAUUGUCCUAAAGUCGUUUUCACAUACAACUCUCGUUCCUCUGACGGAACCAGAAACCAAGGUGGUUAUUCCGACGUAAUUGUUGUCGAUCACCGCUUUGUCCUAAGCAUUCCCGACGGUUUACCAAGCGAUUCAGGCGCGCCGCUGCUCUGUGCUGGAAUCACUGUGUACAGUCCCAUGAAGUAUUAUGGCAUGACUAAAGAAUCAGGGAAACGUUUAGGUGUGAAUGGACUUGGUGGACUUGGUCAUAUCGCUGUUAAGAUUGGUAAAGCCUUUGGUUUAAGAGUUACUGUGAUUAGUAGGUCAUCAGAGAAAGAGAGAGAAGCAAUUGAUCGACUCGGUGCUGAUUCGUUUCUUGUUACAACGGAUUCUCAAAAGAUGAAGGAAGCAGUUGGAACUAUGGAUUUCAUUAUCGAUACGGUAUCAGCAGAACAUGCUCUAUUACCUUUGUUUAGUUUGCUUAAAGUGAGUGGAAAGCUUGUGGCUUUAGGCUUGCUGGAGAAGCCACUCGACCUGCCAAUUUUCCCUCUAGUUCUCGGAAGGAAAAUGGUGGGAGGAAGUCAGAUUGGAGGGAUGAAGGAGACACAAGAGAUGCUUGAGUUCUGUGCCAAGCAUAAAAUCGUUUCGGAUAUUGAGCUCAUAAAGAUGAGUGAUAUCAACUCUGCGAUGGACCGUUUGGUUAAAUCUGAUGUCAGGUACCGGUUCGUGAUCGAUGUGGCCAACUCUUUACUCCCUGAGUCGUCAGCUGAGAUUUUAACGGAGCAUGUCGACCAUGGAGUCUCGAUCACGUCUAGAUUCUGA